UGUCAAGCUGUCCUUUCACCACAGGAGAUGCACAACAAUUUCUAUUCCUGGCCUUGUAAGGCAGCCAAGAGAAAAUCAGAAGUUUAAACAGACUUUGGAGGGAAAAGAGGCUUUGCUUUUCUUUUUUUUUUUUUUUUUUUUUAAACCAAGAGAGGUGGUGCUUAAAAGACUGGUUGACCGGUUCAAAUAUAAAUAAGGUGGUACACAUAGAGUAUAUGGCGCACUUGGGAUUUCUCCGGAUCAAACUUCAGUGAAGCCAUGAUCAAACGCUGGAGUGCUACCUCAUUUGUGGCGCUAGCAUUGCUAUUGUGCUACACUGGGACAAAGGUCGACGCUUGGACGCCGCCUUCUGGAUUUCUACCGAAUCUUCCAGAUCCGACCUACAUUCGCCCUUAUCACCCGCAUCACCCGCCUAAUCCAAAUCCAUAUCCGAAGCCUUCUUUGCCCAAACCACCUGCACACAACAAGCCUUUUCACUCCGGACCACCUCAUCUCCUUGACCAUGUCUCUCCACCUUACGCACCUGUUGGGUCGAAUUUUCCUUUUGCGACACCAAAUGUCCAUCCAUGGCCGUUUCUCCCACUUCCUUCAUCGCAAAAUCCUCCAGCACCACAAAAGCCGCCUUCUGGAGACCCACACAAUCCGCUCGGGUCAGGCCCGUACGUCUUCUUAAAACCCCCGUAUGAGCCACUGCCACCGAAUCCAAAGCCGCCAUCAUGGACAUACUCUUCAUCGUCCCAAGACUCUGGAGAGAAUCCUUCAGACCACUUAGGGCAACCUCCUUGGUUUAGCCCUCCUAACCCUGUCCCAUAUAAGCCAACAGUUCCUCCUUCUGGAGACCCACACAAUCCGCUCGGGUCAGGCCCGUACGUCUUCCUAAAACCCCCAUAUGAGCCACUGCCACCGAAUCCUAAGCCGCCAUCAUGGGCAUAUUCUUCAUCGUCUCAAGACCCUGGAGAGAAGCCUUCAGACCAAUUAGGGAAACCUCCUUGGUUUAAUCCUCCUAACCCCGUCCUAUACAAUCCAACAGUUCCUGUUUAUUCACCAUUCAACCCUCCAGUGCCAGAGCCCCCAAACGUCAAACCACCAAACGAUCAGAUUAGAAGACCCUUGCUUUACUACGAUUACCUGCAGUAUUUUCCGAAUCCUUCACUGCCAAGAGUUCCCGUGGUCCCAAGUUAUCAUGUACCCAGUGGUCCUUCAAAACCUCACAAUCCAAACCGCAGUUCUCCACCUGAGCAGCCGCAGAAGACACCUUCAUUAUCUAAACCCAGUUUUCCUUCAUCCCCACCAAUAAAUAGGGGCCCGAAAUAUCAAGAUGCAAAACAAAAAAAUGCAUUACCUCGGGGAUAUUCUGAUCAGGAUUAUUUCAGGGAUCCUCAGUUACAGCAACCUGGGAAACAGACACCAGUCCCUUACGAUCCCAGAGUGAAAGACCCUAAUUUACAGGACUGUGACGUGACAGGAGUCCAAAGGAUCCGAUGUGGAAGUCUGGAUAUUUCUGCCGCUGAAUGUGAAGCCAUUAGCUGCUGCCACGAUGGUCAAAAUUGCUACUUUGGGAAAAGUGUGACUGUCCAGUGCACCAAAGAUGCUCAGUUCAUUUUGGUGGUGGCCAGAGAUGCCACCCUACCCAAUAUAGACAUCAACACUAUUUCACUGUUGGCGAAUGGUCCUGGCUGCACACAGAUUGACUCCAAUUCUGCUUUUUCCAUCUACCAGUUUCCUGUGUCUGCCUGCGGUUCUGUCAUUAUGGAGGACGCUGGUAAAAUCAUCUAUGAGAAUAGAAUGACCUCCUCAUAUGAAAUUUCAGUGGGGCCUCUGGGUGCCAUAACCAGGGACAGCAGCUAUGAGUUACUCUUCCAGUGUAGAUACACAGCGACGUCGGUUGAGACUCUGAUAGCGGAAAUGCUCCCAUACCAGCGUCCUCGUUUCUCAGUUUCUGCUCUGGGUCCCAUCAAUGUGCAGCUGAGGUUGGGUAAUGGAUUAUGCCUGAUAAAGGGUUGUAACGAAGCGGAAGUGGCCUUCAACUCUUUUUAUACGGACGCCGACUUCCCUGUGAGCAAAGUCUUGAGGGACAACGUGUACGUGGAGGUCAAACUUAUGGACAGGACUGAUCCCAACCUUGUCCUCACUCUUGGUCGCUGUUGGACCACCACCAGUGCCAAUCCUCACAGCAUGCCACAGUGGGACCUUCUGAUCAACGGGUGUCCAAACCUUGAUGAUCGCUACACGGCUAUCCAGGUCCCCGUUCAUCCCGGCCCCGGUGUGGACUUCCCGAGUCACCACAGGCGCUUUAUUUUCAAAAUGCUUACCUUCGUAGAAAUCAACACACUACAGCCCCAGAGUGAACAUCUGUACAUUCACUGUAGCACAUCGCUGUGCAACGCAGCUUUUGGUCCUUCCUGUGAGCCCAUAUGCUCCAGGAGAAAAAGAGAUGUGAAGUCUGUGGCCGAGAUGAACGAGCAAACGAGGAUCGUGGUCUCUGCUGGACCGCUGGUCAUGAUCAAACCCUGAACAGCAAAUGGACGAGAUCACAUUUGACCGGAACUUUUGAACGCAUUUGGAACCUGAACACUGUUAAGUGAU